AUGUAUGGAGUGUUCCUCCAUGGUAUACCUGUCGACGAGUGGGAUCCAACGGGGUUGAGCUUCAAUGAGGCAGGUGCCGCAUCCCUUUGGCUUGAACAACUGACGGUUUUAGAGAAUGGUGGAAUCCUUAAGAAGCACUACUGUGUGUAA